UACCUAUUAAAUGUAAAGAAAUCAUAGCAGUACUGCAUAUUUUUAGCUUUAUUAAAUAAAAUCCACAGGAAUACUAGUGUACUGUUUUUCCUUAGUGGUAAGAACUCAUAUGUUUAUAGAUUAAACUUUGAAAGAGCAGGAUUUAGAAGAAAGCCAAAAAAUUGUGGGUAAUGUAUUCUGAACGAUGCACUGUUUCUAAAAUUGUGGUUUCAAUGUAACCACACCUUCACUCAUUAACUUAUUAGGAGCUUAUAUUUACAUUAGGUUGUUUCAACCGUUUCUCCUUUUCUAUAGUUUGAUAGAGGUGAUUGUUCGAGAGAAAUGAGAGUUUCCUCUUGGUGAAGGAAAAAAAGCCAACAAAUCCUCAGACUGUACUUAAAUUAUGCCUCAGCCAGCAGAGACAAAGUUUCACUGCCUGACGUUAAGUUGGUGUCUGUGAUUAACAAGAGAAAGAUAAAGAAGAUAAACAGAGCAAGUAUCUGUGAAACCAGCAAAAACACCAACCCUAACCCACAUAGCAACAAACAGUAACUUUUAUUAAAUGCUUCCUGUUUCAUGUAAUGAUGGUGUUAAUGUGGGUGGAACAGUUUCACCACACACACACACUUUUUGGCACGACAGCUUUAACUGCAGACUGCAAACAUUCCGGUCGGGAACAGUUCAACACCAGUUAGGAAGAUGCUGCUUGUGCUUGGGAUCUUCUUCCUGCUCUUUUCUCCAGCGCUGCCACUGAAGUGCUACGUGUGCAGCUCAUCGGCAACCAAUGAAGAAUGCAACCAGAGUACCCAGGAGUGUAAAACACCUCUCAACACAUGCAUGACUGUCGUCGACACUUUCGAUACAGCGACAGCCAUAACAAAGCAGUGUGCCAGCCAGGCCACGUGCAGAGGAGCUGCCUCCACCGCCUCAGUCGACUCCAACGGAAACGGGAACGCCGUCAGCUGCUGCAGCAGCUAUGACUUGUGUAACUUCAGCAAAGCCGACUCCAUCAACAGAAACAACAAACUGCUGCUCCUGACUGUCGGUGUGGGAUUUCUGCUGUCACGCUGAGCUCAGUGGGAUGCGCAAACCGUACAAACUGCACCGCUACAGUCUCCGCACUACCUGCAAUCUUAUGCAUCUUGUAAAUACUGUUUAUAUUCGAAGCUGUUUAACAAAAAGCUUUUAAAAUAUCACUGUGUACUCCACAUGCACAAUUAGAUAUCGUAGGAUUUAUAAUACUGACAGACAGGGCUAGUUGUUACACGUUAAAGGGUUCAAAAAUUGACUUUAGCUUUUAAUUCCACAAAAGGUAAAGGCAGUAAGCUUAUAUUAGCUUAAUCUGACAGAAAUCUGUGGAUUUCUGGUUUUCCUGGAUAUUUGAUCGUCAAAAAUGUCUAUUAUGCUCAAGAAAUGACGGCCCAGUUAAAAAAAUGAAUGAAUAUAGACAUUAGUUGCUUAAAAUGUUUAUGAUUUUCCUUAGUUUACUGUAGUUUCAUUUUAAUUGAGAGAGAGAGACAGAACAAGAAAAUAAAUAUAUUGAUUUGCAUGUCAGUGAGUGAAAGUAUUUGAUCCUAAAACAUGACUUAGUACUUGAUGGAGAAACCCAUGUUGGCUGCACAGUGGUAAGAUGUUUCUUGUAGUUGGUCACCAGGUUUGGACACAUCUCAGGAGGGAUUUUGGUCAGGCGGAUGCCUGAGAGCUCAUUUUGGUUUCAUCUGACCAAAGCUUUUUCUCCCAGGGCUUCUCUGAAUCAUGUAGAUGUUCACUGGUUGGUACAUGCACCUUCCAGAGCAGGGAUCUUUCAGGUGCUGUAAGAUUUCAGCCAUUUCCACCAUCAUAUCUCCACUGAAACUUCAGCAGCCCAUCCUUAACACUAAAAUCCAUGCUUGUGCAAGCAACAGCAUUGUUGUACAACAGGUUAUUAUUGUUAUAUACAGUGCAAUGUGUCCUUUCUUAUUGUGAGAAAGUCUAAUUCUCUUCUUUA